UUCCAGUGACGCCGUUGAGUUCCAGUGAGCUUCCCGUCCACUUCGUCGCGCCCCUUCCCAUCAGCUUCCUGAGCCUGUGGCCCUGUGGGACUCUCAGCCGAAACGCGUCUGGGCUUCGACCAAUGCCCCGCAAGUCGAAGGUUGCGAAGGGAGCUGCAACCCAAAAAGACCGCUCACGCUAUGAGCAACAGUUUUUGAAAACACAGCCUUGCUCUUUCUACGCAAAAGGCAAGUGCACCCGUGGUGAUCAGUGCACCUUUGCACACGGAGACGUGGAACUCCAAGCUCUUCCAGAUUUGUCGAAGACCUCACUUUGUCAGGACUACGCAGAAUUUGGCGCUUGCCAUAAUCUCAAUUGUUGCUUUGCGCAUGGAGUGGAAGAGCUGCGAGCUACCACCAAGUUCUACAAGACCUCUAUGUGUAAGUUUCAUAUGAUGCGCCAGUGCAGAAUUGGAGUCUAUUGUCGCCAUGCUCACGACGAAUCGGAGUUGCAGGAACUACCCACAGAGGCCUUCCAAAAGACACAGGAGGAACUUUUGGAAGAGCAGCUGUUGCCAUCCAUCCUCCGGGAGUGUUAUUCCGUGAAUCCCAGGAUUUGCGAGCCCUUCAAAACGCAGACAGCAGCAUAUGGCGAGAGGUUUGGUAUUCACGACACGGCCCCGCACAUACAUGGUUGGAUUCAGUCCGAUCAGACCACCCUGGCGCCGGGGAAUGAAGUGUCUGAAGUUCCGUGGGGUCUCCAGUUUGUGGAGAGCGCAAAGAUCAUGACACGACUUCCUUGCGGCAUCUUGCGGCUAAGUAUGCGAUUGCAAAGCAUGCUUUGUGCCUUGACGGUCCGGCGGGACAACGGCAAAGGCGCCCCAGGUUCCCAUGGUGAAGCACUGCAACCUGGCUGGGGCUGGUCCCUGACGGAUUUCCCGAAAGUUCAUGGGUCGCCAGUCAGCGCCCAUCCCUUCGUGUUUCAGACUUGCGGACGAUCAAAAGAGGGAAUGAUGGGAAUGAACAAUGCCCCGAGCCUCUG